AUGGGCAUAUCGAGGCGUCCCAAAAACAGAGCUGGCCAGAAUGUCCAAACUGGGAGGCCGGAGGCCCAGGGCACUGGCAGCGCCCCCCCCAAGAAGGCAACAUUCGAAGUGACCAAGAAGAAGGAGAUAGGCGUCUCAGACUUGACCUUGCUGAGCAAAGUAUCCAACGAAUCUAUUAAUGAUAAUCUGAAGAAGCGAUUUGAAGGCACUGAUAUUUACACGUAUAUCGGCCAUGUCCUAGUCUCUGUCAACCCCUUCCGCGACCUGGGCAUCUAUACCGAUGAAAUCCUUCAAAGUUAUCGCGGCAAGAACCGACUUGAAAUGCCGCCCCACGUUUUCGCCAUUGCCGAGUCGGCAUACUACAACAUGAAUGCCUACAGUGACAACCAAUGCGUUAUCAUCUCUGGUGAGUCUGGCGCUGGCAAGACUGAGGCCGCAAAGCGCAUCAUCCAGUACAUCGCCAAUGUCUCGGGCGAGCAAUCAGGCGAUAUCAAGAAGAUCAAGGAAAUGGUGCUGGCAACGAAUCCCCUUCUCGAAUCUUUUGGAAACGCAAAGACACUUCGAAACAACAAUUCGUCUAGAUUCGGAAAGUACCUACAAAUUUACUUCAAUUCCACCGGUGAACCUGUCGGUGCUGACAUUACAAACUACCUUCUCGAGUCAUCGCGAGUAGUCGGCCAAAUCACAAACGAGAGAAACUUUCAUAUCUUCUACCAAUUCACAAAGGGAAGCUCAGCAAAGUACCGGAGGGACUUUGGCAUCCAGAAACCUGAGACUUAUGUCUAUACAAAUCGCUCGAAGUGUUUCGAUGUGGAUGGAAUCGAUGAUGUUGCCGACUUUCAAGACACCCUUAAUGCCAUGAAUGUCAUUGGCCUGGCACAGUCUGAGCAAGAUGAGAUCUUUCGGAUGCUGGCCGCCGUUCUCUGGAUCGGCAAUAUCCAGUUUCAAGAAGACGAGAGCGGAUACGCAGCAGUUGCAGAUCAGUCCGUGGUGGACUUUGCGGCUUAUCUCCUCCAAGUAACUCCCGAGCAGCUGGUACACGCCAUCACGAUCCGAAUUCUUACACCGCGGCAUGGUGAGGUGAUUGAGUCUCCUGGGAACCCUGCCCAGGCGACCGCCACGCGAGAUGCCCUGUCCAAAGCGAUAUACAGCAAUCUCUUUGAUUGGAUCGUGGCACGCGUAAACAAGUCUCUCCAGUCCAGACAAUCAACGGCCAACACCAUUGGAAUUUUGGAUAUCUACGGCUUCGAGAUUUUUGAGAAGAACAGCUUUGAGCAACUCUGCAUCAACUACGUCAAUGAGAAGCUGCAGCAGAUAUUCAUCCAGUUAACCCUCAAAACGGAGCAGGACGAGUAUGCCAAGGAAAAGAUACACUGGACCCCUAUUAAAUACUUCGACAACAAGGUUGUUUGUGAUCUGAUUGAGCAAAUCCGGCCGCCUGGCAUCUUUUCUGCCAUGAAGGACGCCACCAAAACUGCCCACGCCGACCCAGCCGCUUGCGAUCGGACUUUUAUGCAAAGCAUAAAUGGUAUGUCUCAUGCCCACCUAACUCCACGACAAGGUAGCUUCAUCGUCAAGCACUAUGCUGGAGAUGUAGCUUACACAGUCGACGGCAUCACCGACAAAAACAAGGACCAGCUUCUUAAGGGACUACUGAACCUCUUCCAAACCAGCGGAAACCAGUUCAUACAUUCCCUGUUUCCAAACCAGGUAGACCAGGAUAAUCGAAAACAGCCGCCUUCGGCAGGUGACCGAAUUCGCACAUCCGCGAAUGCCCUGGUGGAGACGCUCAUGAAAUGCCAGCCAUCCUACAUUCGAACAAUCAAGCCCAACGAGAACAAGUCACCCACCGAGUACAAUAGUCCCAACGUGCUCCAUCAAAUUAAAUACCUGGGCCUUCAAGAAAACGUCCGUAUUCGACGAGCUGGUUUUGCUUAUCGACAAGCUUUCGACAAGUUUGUCGACCGCUUCUUCCUCCUGUCUCCUGCCACUUCAUAUGCUGGCGAAUACACAUGGCAAGGAUCAUACGAUGAUGCAGUAAAGCAAAUCCUCAAAGAUACCAGUAUUCCCAAGGAUGAGUGGCAACUCGGCGUUACAAAGGCCUUCAUCAAGUCCCCGGAGACGCUGUUUGCUCUGGAACAUAUGAGGGACCGGUAUUGGCACAAUAUGGCAACUCGUAUACAGAGAAUGUGGCGUGCUUAUCUCGCGUACCGCGCCGAAUCAGCGACUCGGAUACAGCGGGUGUGGAGGAAGAAGAGGACGGGUGCUGAGUUCCUGCAACUUCGCGAUCAGGGCCAUCGUUUGCUUCAGGGACGCAAGGAGCGUCGGCGAAUGAGCCUCCUGGGCUCUCGCAGGUUUCUCGGGGACUACUUGGGAAUAAACGCCUCCUCUGGGCCUGGGAUACAUAUCCGCAACGCCGCAAGUAUGAACUCUAAUGAGCGCACAGUGUUUUCUUGCCGUGGCGAAAUUCUGGAGGCGAAAUUUGGACGUUCAAGCAAACCGAGCCCCCGCAUCAUCAUCGUUUCCAACAGCAAGCUUUACAUCAUUGCACAGAUGCUUGUCAAUGGCACGCCCCAGAUCUCUGUGGAAAGAGCCAUUCCCCUUGGUGCCAUCCAAUUUGUUAGUGUGUCGGCGUGUCGAGAUGAUUGGUUCUCGAUUGGAACUGGGUCAUCCCAGGAUCCUGACCCCUUGAUGAACUGUGCAUUCAAAACCGAGAUGUUUGUACAGAUGCAACGCGUUAUGCCUGGAGGCUUUAAUUUGAAUAUUGCAGACACGAUCGAGUAUGCCAAGAAACCCCAAAAGAUGCAGCAUGUCAAAGUCAUGAAGGACUCUCAGCAACCGACAGACUACUACAAGAGUGGCGCCAUUCAUACCCAGCAAGGUGAGCCUCCGGGCUCAGUCUCCAAGCCCACACCGAGGGCAAAGCCGAUACCGCCGAGGCCAAUCACACGAGGUAAGCUCAUCAGGCCGGGUGGCCCAGGUGGCCGCCCGUCCAGGAUUACUGCCAACCGCACUGCUCGGCCGAGGCCAAGUGCUGGUAUUGCAGGCCCAAAACCUCCUCCUUCUACCGCGGUCAAAGCGUCGACCGGCUCCCCAGCCAGGACACCUGCUGCCAUUUCACCCGCUCAGUCGAACAAACCUCUCCCAAGCCAUGUAAGCCUUCAGAGCAACACUACUUCACGUGCAAGCCCGCCCCCUGCACCAGCCGCACCCCCUGCGAAGGCAAAGACCAUGGCCAAGGUGCUCUACGAAUUCUCUGGCCAAAAAGAAAAUGAGCUGUCAAUUCGGGCUGGAGACAUCAUCGAGAUUGUCCAAAAAGAGAGCAAUGGUGCGUAUUUCAACCUCAAAGACACAGCGACCGUCAACUAA